UUUCAGAACUGACUUUCAGAGUAACUCGACAGUGUGCAGUGUUGAUACAACUUCAAAAUGCCUGAUCCUUGCUGUAAAGAGAAAUGCGUUUGUGCCGAGGGUGGCUGCACGAAGGGCUGCAAGUGCACAAGCUGCAAAUGCGCCCCGUGUGAAAAAUGCUCGUCUGGCUGCGCGUGUUCAUCCAAGGAGAAGUGCGCGACGAGAUGCACGAAGCCAUGCAGCUGUUGCCCAUAGACGUAUGAUUCGACUGCUGCAUUCUGCAUGACUAAGCAACGGAAAUAUUUAUCCUUCUAUCUAGUUUCUCGUAUGUUAUGACUGAAUUAUUGGAAUGUUUGCCUAAAUGAAAGAAUGUGAAAAGGUGGUUUUUAAUUCUCAUUCUAUAUAUAAAAUGUCGGCAUUCCUGCCAGAAAUAUUUAUAUAUGUGAGGGAUUAGGAAAAGCAGGAGAAAGAGGGGGGGGGGGGAGAAAACAUUGAUUUUCUGCCAUUCGUUUCAUUGGCAACUCCUUCACGUGUUUAUCUCUCGCUCUCAAUUUUUUUUUCUCUCUCACUUAAGGCCAGACUGACCAAUCAAUAUCUGAGUCUCCAUAGGAAAAAUCUAGGAAAUCGAAAAAGUGAACUUCCAAACAGGAUGUAUAGAAUUCGUUCAGUUUUGAACAUUAUAAGAUUGGAAUACGAAACUUCAUCAGACUUGUAUCUGUCUCUUUCUACAUUCUCUCUUGUAUAAUAAUAAAAUGUCUAUACAUCUA